CAUAAACGUAACAAUCAAUAUGGUGAUGAACCAAUCUCUAUAUUAACUCCUUCUUCAAAAGGUUAUGAUGCAGGCGCACUACCAGAAGAAGCUCCAGCAGCAAUUCCUACUUCCAGAAUUCCUGCCCCGUCGCUUCCGCCAGUUGAAUCAAGCGGCUAUCGCAAGAAAAGAAACAAUCAAUAUGGUGAUGAGCCAGCGCCACCAACUGAAGUGAUUAAGCCAGGUGGUUAUGAGGAGCAAGCAGAAGAAGCACCUGCACCAAUUGAACAACCAGCUUAUGAACCACCAGCAGUAGGGAAUAAAACGAAUUUGCGCCCUAAUUAUCAGCGCUGUCGCAAGAAAAGAAACAAUCAAUAUGGUGAUGAGCCAGCGCCACCAACUGAAGUGAUUAAGCCAGGUGGUUAUGAGGAGCAAGCAGAAGAAGCACCUGCACCAAUUGAACAACCAGCUUAUGAACCACCAGCAGUUGAAUCAAGUGGCUAUCGCGCAUAA